CCCUCUUUUUUCGCACCUGUAUGAAUAUACCCCCUCCAUGAACAAACAAAGAGACAAUACUUCGAAGCUAGGCCUGUAACUUCAGUUGAGUUCUGCAAACCCAACUUUUUCUUUCUUAUUUUCCCGCCAAAGCCCAUUCUAAGCGAAAUUCAGGGGAAACAGAGACAUGGGUUGCAAGGUCUCAAAGCAAAGUAAAAAAGACGAUGUGGUUUUGCUUUGUAGGAAGAGAAAGGAGCUGCUGAAAUUGGCUGUGGAUAGAAGGUAUGCGUUUGCAGAUGCAUAGUGCAAAUAUAACCAGUCGCGGUAUGCAGUGGCAGUUGCUAUAAGGUCGUUUGUAGCAAGCCACUCCUCUCCACCACCAUCUGAUUCUGAACCAACCAAAAACACCGGUGCGGGCCCUUUUCUUGAUUCUGAAACUUGUAUAAGCUCUUCAGAGGCAGACAGAGAAAAACAGCUACAAGGAAGCUCAGAUGAAGAGAAUAGCGAUCAUAAUGCUGGGACUGAUGGGGAAGAAUUGGGGUUGGUUUUGCUGAAUGAUGAGGCUGUGAGAGAAGGGAGGGAAUUGUUGGAAGCAUUGAAAGAGGUUGAGGUCCAAUUCCUUAGGGCCUAUAAUUCCAGUUUGGAUGUUUCCAGGAUGCUAGGCACCAACAUGGAUCAAAUGCAAUCUGCCUUAGACGAAACUGAAGAGAACUCAAGUAAACUCAAAAAAAGCCGCUCCAUCUCAUCUAUAUUAUCUUCGUCUUCCUCCCGAAAAAGCCUCCUUAGAUCUAGCACCAGAAGUUCUUCGAAAAUCACUCAUUUGAAUGGUGGUCUCUUUGAUGACAAUGGAGCAAUGGGAUCCAAGUGCCAUUCGUUAACACUAGGGACGCUAUAUGCUUGGGAGCAAAAACUCUAUGGGGAGGUGAAGGCUGGAGAGGAACCCAGGAGAUUAUAUGAUCGAAAAUGCUCCCAAUAUUCGAUUAACCAAGGACAUGGCCGAAAGACUGAAAACAAAAUUGGAGUUGAAGUAGAGGAAUUGCAUUCCAGAAUUUUGGUUGCCAAAGGAAAUGCGGAAUCAAUAUUUAAAGAAAUUCGAAAACUUAGAGAAGAGGAGCUGCAACCACAACUUAUUGAGUUGUUACAAGGAAUAUCAUGAAACACAACAUCAAAUCAUGUCAGAAGUGAAAUGGCUCAAGUGUUCAUCUUAUGGAAAGUCACACCAGCAUGCAACUCAAACGCUUCAAGUAGGACUUCAAAAUUGGCGUGCUUGCUUUGGUCAAUAUGUUUGUUCAGUCAACAAAAAAGUCCUAAGUGAAUCAUAAGAAAAUCAUAUAAUCACAAUCUAUUAAACUCAUAAGUAAAAUCUUGUAAUUACCAAAUCGUGCUGAAAUUCAUUACAUUAAAAUCCUGCUAUUGCAAUCUAUUAAAAUCGCAAUUGAAUACAAUCUAUUAAAAUCGCAAUUGAAUACACCCUCCUUAGAAACCUAUUCAUUUUUUCACGUUUUCACGUUUUCUUCUCUUUGGGCGCCGCACUCUUCCGUUCUGCAAUCUCCGCUUCUCGACUUGGCUUUCUUGCACUCUC